AUGAUGAACUCCACCUACCACCAUGGGAUGCACACUUCACUUCACUUCUGGAACCGCAGCAACUACGGACUGCACAGCAAUGCCAGCGAGCCCCUGGGAAAAGGCUAUUCUGAUGGAGGUUGCUACGAGCAACUUUUUGUCUCCCCAGAGGUGUUUGUGACUCUGGGUGUCAUAAGCUUGUUGGAAAAUAUCCUGGUGAUCGUGGCAAUAGCUAAGAACAAGAAUCUGCACUCACCCAUGUACUUUUUCAUCUGCAGCCUGGCUGUGGCAGAUAUGCUGGUGAGUGUUUCCAAUGGAUCAGAAACAAUUGUCAUCACCCUGUUAAACAGUACAGAUACAGAUGCGCAGAGCUUCACAGUGAACAUUGAUAAUGUCAUUGACUCUGUGAUCUGUAGCUCCUUGCUUGCAUCGAUUUGCAGCCUGCUUUCCAUUGCAGUGGACAGGUAUUUUACUAUAUUUUAUGCUCUCCAGUACCAUAACAUUAUGACUGUUAAACGGGUUGGGAUCAUCAUAAGUUGUAUUUGGGCAGCUUGUACAGUUUCAGGCAUUCUGUUUAUCAUUUACUCGGAUAGUAGUGCUGUCAUCAUCUGCCUCAUCACCAUGUUCUUCACCAUGCUGGCUCUCAUGGCAUCUCUUUAUGUCCACAUGUUCCUGAUGGCUAGACUUCACAUUAAGAGAAUUGCUGUCCUGCCAGGCACUGGUACCAUUCGUCAAGGUGCUAACAUGAAGGGUGCAAUUACCUUGACUAUACUGAUUGGAGUUUUUGUGGUUUGCUGGGCCCCAUUCUUUCUCCACCUAAUAUUCUACAUCUCCUGUCCCCAAAAUCCAUACUGUGUGUGCUUCAUGUCUCACUUUAACUUGUACCUCAUACUAAUUAUGUGUAAUUCAAUCAUCGAUCCUCUCAUUUAUGCACUUCGGAGUCAAGAACUGAGGAAAACCUUCAAAGAGAUCAUCUGUUGCUACCCCUUGGGAGGCCUCUGUGACUUGUCUAGCAGAUAUUAA